AUGACUUCCCACUUUCUCUCUCUCUGUGCCUCUUGUGCGUGGUGGGGUGUGUGUGUGUGUGUGCGCGCGCGCGUGCCUCUUCGCCGCGUCCGCGUCACCGCCGCUGCCACCCCUGCUGGGGCUUGUGUCUGCGUUGGCCCUUCGACCGCGUGCCCACCGCUGCUCUCCCCGGCACUCUUCGUUUUCCCUUCCCCUUUUUGUUUUGCUUUCUUUUUCUCGUGCGGCCCAAACGCCUCCGCCGUGGCAAAAGUCGCCCUCAAGACAUCACCGACACAAACACACCGCGAAAAAACACUCGGGGAAGGCGCCGUACAUUAUUACUAUUUAUUCAUCUUGUUGUUGUUUGUGUUUCUUUACAUACGAACGAUGGCGUUCCUCUGCGGCUGCUCGAUGCUCCUCUCCUUUCUGAUCACCGCCCUGCUCGGGGCCUACUUGGUCUACAUCAUCGUCUGGGUGCCGGUGUACCGCUACGUGGCAAUCAUCUUUGUUCUGCUGCUGCUGGCCUUUAGCCUUUCCGCGUGGCGGUUUCUGCCCUCCGAGCGCGCGUACGUGCGGGAGAAGGCGGAGGGCAUCGUGGAUGGGCGCCUCGCCUUCACCCUGCCAGCAGGGACUGUGUGA